GUCGUCUUAUCGAGAUGCUGAAAUGUCAAAUCCAUCCGAAUCCAGUUAGUUACUGAUUUCUGGUCCCGAGAUUGAGCCGCGGUACUUUGUACUGUGUACCUAGAUGCUCUUUUUUUUCCCCCAAGAGAACCUCGAGGGGUCAACUUGGAAUUCAGUUUUCUCUCGAAGCCGACACAUCAUUAGUUCAGCGACGGAAUCCAGUCUCCAGGCACGAAGGCCCGGAUCAACCGACUGUCAAUCGGCCUCCAUCGCCGGCAGUCCAUGAGGGAAGACGGCAGGAUGGCAGCCUUCAACAGCAACGCGCUGAGCAAACUCUGCUCCGAGGACCAACUCGCCCUUCUCGAUUCGAUCGACCAGCUCCGCUUGCAAGGCAUCAACAAUUACGUCUCGCUGCCCCAGAUCAUCGUUUGCGGCGAUCAGUCGUCCGGCAAGAGUUCGGUUCUGGAAGCCAUCUCGGGCGUUUCGUUUCCGAUCAAAAGCAACUUGUGCACCCGAUUCCCCACGGAGCUGGUCCUGCGCAGGACUGCCCAUUUCAGCGCCCGCGUAUCCAUCAUUCCCCAUGAAUCCCGUUCAGAAUCCGAACAGAUCGCGCUCCGAAACUUCCACGAGGAACUGGCCGGCUUCGCCGAUCUUCCAAAGCUGAUUGAGAGCGCAAAGCUCGCCAUGGGCAUCACACCCCAUGGAAGGGCUUUCGCGCAAGACAUCCUCCGCGUUGAGGUCACCGGCCCAGACCGCCCUCACCUCACGAUUGUCGACCUCCCCGGCUUGAUCCACUCCGAGACCAAGACUCAGACAGUGUCUGACGUCGAGCUGAUCAAAGGUCUUGUCCAGUCCUACAUGAAGGAGGCAAGAUGCAUUAUCCUGGCCGUCGUGUCGGCGAAGAACGACUUUGCCAACCAGGUCGUCCUCAAGCUGGCUCGCGAAGCGGACCAGAGCGGCAACCGGACGCUGGGCGUCAUUACGAAGCCCGACACCUUGGUUCCCGGCGGCGAGAGCGAGGCUUUGUACGUGUCACUCGCCAGGAACCACCAGGUUGUAUUCCGCCACGGUUGGCAUGUUUUGAAGAACAUGGACUCGGAGAAAGGCUCAUGGUCUCUUGCGGAACGCGACGCCGAAGAAGCCGAAUUCUUCAGCUCUGGGGCGUGGGCCAGCCUGCCACCCUCGUCACUCGGUAUCGAAAAGCUUCGCAGCCGUCUCAGCAAAGUGCUCCUCGGGCAGAUAGCCUCCGAGCUUCCCAGCUUGAUGAGCGAGAUGGAAGAAAAGUCCAGAUCCACUCAAGUUCAACUUGAGGACCUUGGGGAUCCACGAGCCAACGCAACCGAGCAAAUGCGCUACUUGCUACACAUCAGCCAGGAAUUUCAAGCGCUCGUCUCGGCCGGCGUGGGCGGGCACUAUAUCAACAAUCGCUUCUUUGUGGACGCAAAGACUGAAGUUGGGUACCAGCAACGUCUACGGGCCAUCAUCCAAAAUCUCAAUGAAGACUUCGCAAAGGAGAUGUCCCGGGCCGGCCACUACCGGGAAAUCACAGAUGAGCCGUCUGCGGCCGGACCAUCGGGCGAAUCUUCCACUGCCAUCAAGAUUACGAGGAGUGAGUUCAUCACUCACAUCGAGCACCUCUUGCGCAGGACUCGAGGUCGCGAGUUGCCGGGGACCUUCAACCCGAUGAUUGUGGCGGAUCUAUUCAUCGAGCAGUCUCGGCCAUGGGAGGCCAUUGUUCGUCGUCACGUGGAGAAGGUGUGGAAAGCAGCUUCUCGCUUCGUCGAGUUGGUCGUGGCUCACUCGGCAGACCCAUUGGCGGCCAAGGCUCUGCAGAAUGAGGUUGUCAAACCGGCAAUGAGACGCAUCUUUGACGAGAUGCGGGACAAGACCACCGAACUGCUGAGACCAAAUCAGGAGGCGCACCCCAUCACGUACGACCAUAGUUUUGCGGAGGCGCUCGAGAACCUGCGCCGCGAGAGGAUGCGGAAAGAAGCCGAGAGACUCCUGGCCAAAUUCUUUGACGUUAGCUCACUGCAGUUUGGCCCGGAAUGGAGGGGCACAUUCAACCUCGAAGCACUUGCCAGAGCCUUGGCUGCCAGCACUGAGCCGGAGGUCAAGCGGUCUGCCGCUAGUGACGCCCUGGAUUGUCUGAACGCCUACUACAAGGUCGCUCUGAAGCGUUUCAUUGACGACGUAGCUGUCGAAGUAAUUGAGGGGAGGCUGGUCUCUGCUUUGGCUGCUAUCCUGUCCCCAGUGUCGGUAUUCGAGAUGCCGGCCGACCAGGUCGCCCGCAUUGCUGGGGAACCUGAAGAGAUCCGUGCCGAACGCGAGCAGCUCACGAAGCAGCUGGAGGUCCUGCGAAGCGGCUUAGAGACCUGUAAGCGCUUUGUUGGCUUGAGGCUCAGCGGAGAUUCAAUCCUGGUUCCCGCCAACCCUCAGCAGGACAUCAGCUCUGACUCUUCCGUCGGCGACUCUGGGUCUACUACCUCUGAUGAUCUCUGAUGACUACUGAGGGUCCGGAACCAGCUCGGCCGACGCUUCAGGCUCGUCGAAAUCUCAGAGGUCACUGGUCAAUCCACGUCGUGUCAAGAAGGCGAUAGUCGCGUAUUAGUGAAGCAAACGAGUACUCCGUUGACAAUGACAGUGUCGUUAGAUGCAAAGCCUCGGGUGAGAAGCCGUUAGAGACCUUUGUUUAACUGCGGGGGUCACACCAAGAUGCAAACUCACCAACACAUGCACGUCAACGAGUUGGGACAAUCCGUUUUACAGCA